GAGAGAGGAAGAAAGAGGCAGAAAGGGCGUGUUUCUGGCGCUGCGUUUCCCCUCCCCUUUCCCAGGUCCCUCGCCCGGGCGCUGCGCUCUCUCGGGCUGCAGCUCUCUCCGGGCGAAGCUGGAAAUUGGGUGGGAUUCUACGGAGCAGCCCCGCCGCCGCCGCCGCCAGCACAGCCGCUUGGAGGGCGGGGGUUCCCUCCGUCCGCGGCUCGGGCGCCCCCAGCCUCGCCGCGCUCUCCGCCUCGCUCUUCCCGGCGUCGGGUCGGGAGAAGCCGGCAGUGUCGGGAGCCUCCAGCCCGGGAGCCGACCCGCGCCCCGCGCCCGCACCCGCCGCCCCCGGCCGGGGCCCCGGAGGGGCGCCCCUCCCCUCCCCCUCCGGCGCGCGGGGGCCCGGCCCGCUUCCGCCCUCGGAGCGGCGCGCCCGGCCCCGGCCGCCGGCCCGGGGAGCGCCAGCAUGGGCUCGCGGCGCCUGCCCGGGCUCUGCCUGCUCGUCCUGCUGGUCCACGCCCGCGCCGCCCAGCACAGCAGAGCCUUGCAAGAUGUGGAUGAGUGUGUGGAGGGGACCGACAGCUGCCACAUUGAUGCCCUCUGCCAGAACACCCCCCGGUCAUACAAGUGCAUCUGCAAGUCUGGCUACACAGGCGACGGGAAACACUGCAAAGAUGUGGACGAGUGCGAGCGAGAGGAUAAUGCGGGCUGUGUGCACGACUGUGUCAACAUCCCUGGCAAUUACCGAUGCACCUGCUACGACGGAUUCCACCUGGCACAUGAUGGGCACAACUGUCUGGAUGUGGACGAGUGCGCCGAGGGCAACGGGGGCUGCCAGCAGAGCUGCGUCAACAUGAUGGGCAGCUACGAGUGCCGCUGCCGGGAGGGCUUCUUCCUCAGCGACAACCAGCACACCUGCAUCCAGCGGCCCGAAGAAGGAAUGAACUGCAUGAACAAGAACCACGGCUGCGCUCACAUUUGCCGGGAGACACCCAAAGGGGGUAUUGCCUGUGAAUGCCGGCCUGGCUUCGAGCUCACCAAGAACCAACGGGACUGUAAAUUGACGUGCAACUAUGGUAACGGUGGCUGUCAGCACACAUGCGACGACACAGAGCAGGGUCCCCGGUGCGGCUGCCAUGUCAAGUUUGUGCUCCAUACCGACGGGAAGACAUGCAUCGGGGAAAGGCGGCUAGAGCAGCACAUCCCCCCUCAGGCCGUUUCUAAUGAGACCUGUGCCGUCAACAACGGGGGCUGCGACAGUAAGUGCCACGACGCGGCGACAGGCGUCCACUGCAGCUGCCCCGUGGGCUUCAUGCUGCAGCCGGACAGGAAGACCUGCAAAGACAUAGACGAGUGCCGCCUGAACAACGGGGGCUGCGACCACAUUUGCCGCAACACGGUGGGCAGCUUUGAAUGCAGCUGCAAGAAGGGCUAUAAGCUUCUCAUCAAUGAGAGGAACUGCCAGGAUAUAGACGAGUGUUCCUUUGAUCGAACCUGUGACCACAUGUGUGUGAACACGCCGGGAAGCUUCCAGUGCCUCUGCCAUCAUGGCUACCUGCUGUAUGGCGUCACCCACUGUGGGGAUGUGGAUGAGUGCAGCAUCAACCGGGGAGGUUGCCGCUUUGGCUGUAUCAACACUCCUGGCAGCUACCAGUGUACCUGCCCCGCGGGCCAGGGCCGACUGCACUGGAAUGGCAAGGAUUGCACAGAGCCUGUGAAGUGUCAGAGCAGUCCUGGUGCCUCGAAAGCUAUGCUCAGCUGCAACCGCGCUGGCAAGAAGGACACCUGUGCCCUGACCUGCCCCUCCCGGGCCCGGUUUUUGCCAGAGUCGGAAAAUGGCUUCACGGUGAGCUGUGGCACCCCCAGCCCCAGGGCCGCUCCAGCCCGAGCUGGCCACACCGGGAACAGCACAAAUACCAACCACUGCCAUGAGGCUGCAGUGCUGUCGGUUAAACAGCGGGCCUCCUUCAAGAUCAAGGACGCCAAAUGCCGUUUGCACCUGCGAAACAAAGGCAAAAUGGAGGAGGCCAGCAGAAUCCUGGGGCCAGGGGCCGCAUCCUGCUCCGACUGCCAGGUCACCUUCAUCCACCUCAAGUGUGACUCCUCUCGGAAGGGCAAGGGCCGCAGGGCCCGGACCCCUCCAGGCAAGGAAGUCACUCGGCUCACCCUGGAGCUGGAGGCAGAGGUCAGAGCCGAAGAAACCACAGCCAGCUGUGGGCUGCCCUGCCUCCGCCAGCGGAUGGAACGGCGGCUGAAAGGGUCCCUGAAGAUGCUUAGGAAGUCCAUCAACCAGGACCGCUUCCUCCUGCGCCUGGCGGGCCUGGAUUAUGAGCUGGCCCACAAGCCGGGCCCGGGAGCUGGGGAGCGAGCUGAGCUGGCGGAGGCCUGUAGGCCGGGGCAGCACCGCGCGGGGGCCAAGUGUGUCAGCUGCCCGCAGGGAACGUAUUACCACGGCCAGACGGAGCAGUGUGUGCCAUGCCCAGCGGGCACCUUCCAGGAGAGAGAAGGGCAGCUCUCCUGCGACCUUUGCCCUGGGAGUGAUGCCCACGGGCCUCUUGGAGCCACCAACGUCACCACAUGUGCAGGUCAGUGCUCACCGGGCCAGCACUCUGUGGAUGGGUUCAAGCCCUGCCAGCCAUGUCCCCGUGGCACCUACCAACCUGAAGCGGGGCGGACUCUGUGCUUUCCGUGUGGCGGGGGCCUCACCACCAAGCACGAGGGGGCCAUCUCCUUCCAAGACUGUGAUACCAAAGUCCAGUGCUCCCCGGGGCACUACUACAACACCAGCAUCCACCGCUGCAUCCGCUGCGCCAUGGGCUCCUAUCAGCCUGACUUCCGCCAGAACUUCUGCACCCGCUGUCCAGGAAACACAAGCACUGACUUCGACGGCUCCACCAGCGUAGCCCAGUGCAAGAAUCGUCAGUGUGGUGGGGAGCUGGGUGAGUUCACUGGCUAUAUCGAGUCCCCCAACUACCCAGGCAACUACCCAGCUGGCGUGGAGUGCGUCUGGAAUAUCAACCCCCCGCCCAAGCGCAAGAUCCUUAUCGUGGUACCCGAGAUCUUCCUGCCGUCUGAGGACGAGUGUGGGGACGUCCUCGUCAUGAGAAAGAACUCCUCCCCAUCCUCCAUAACCACCUACGAGACCUGCCAGACCUAUGAGCGCCCCAUCGCCUUCACCGCCCGCUCCAGGAAGCUCUGGAUCAACUUCAAGACAAGCGAGGCCAACAGUGCCCGUGGCUUCCAGAUCCCCUAUGUCACCUAUGACGAGGACUAUGAGCAGCUAGUAGAAGACAUUGUGCGAGAUGGUCGGCUCUAUGCAUCUGAAAACCACCAGGAGAUUUUAAAGGACAAGAAGCUCAUCAAGGCCUUCUUUGAGGUGCUGGCUCACCCCCAGAACUACUUCAAAUACACAGAGAAGCACAAGGAGAUGCUGCCAAAGUCCUUCAUCAAGCUGCUCCGCUCCAAAGUUUCCAGUUUCCUGAGGCCCUACAAAUAGUGCCCCUAUGCCCAAGACCCAGGUUUUGAAGACCCCAGAUUCCUCAGCCCUCAGAGCCGGCAGCCUCCACCCCCAGAUAAGGAACUCUCUCCUCUCUCUUAGAGAAAAAAAAAAAAUCACUAUAUAGACCCAAGAACUCUCCCUUUCUGUCGCUCUAGCUUCCUUUCCCUGUCUCUCUGCCUCCCUCUCUCUCUUUACCUCUCUCCUGUUUUUCCUUUUCCUGCAUUCUCCCUGGAAAAGCCAUUUAGUACUGGCUGUAUUCCCCCUGAGGGGUGCAGGAACAGUACCCCUCUCCAGCCACACUGCCCACUUUACCAGCUCACAUCCCUAACCCCUUCAGCUUAGGAGAAUGCUAGAGGCCCAGGAAAGAAGUGGGUCCGCUGGGGAAUGGGGAGGGAGAAGAGGGGCUUCUGCCAUUAUAAGGUUGUGCCUUACUAGUCAGGAACCAAAAUGUCCCCUGGCUGGGCCCCCCAGCUGCCCCCCUCCCCCCAGGUGAUUCUAACAGCCCAAGGUUCUGCCAAAGAGGCCUUUGACUUACAGGCUUAAUGCUAGCACUGGUCCUCUGGGGCACGUGGUGUGAGCUCUGGACCUCGGGUUUGAGCUCUGGACCGCCCACACAGCCGCUUCCGUGUCUAGACAGCCCCUCUACUUCUGCCAUGUCUGCUUGGGUCCAAUCCACGAGGGCUUACAGAAGGCCCACACCACUGGGCUAGUGGACACAGCAAGUGAGGAAGAGCAGCAGGCAUUACCGUGUUGAAAGUGCUGCUGUCACUCCCAAUGAGAAAGACUAUAUAUAUCGCUCUGCAGGACAGAAACCAGGUUCUAUAGCAUCGCCAAGAAAAAGAAAAAAGAAAAAAAAAAAAAGCAAAGAAAUUGCAUCAUCUAAAGGACUAGACUACAGAACAACUGGAAGCCAGCCUCAAACCCUAAUCCUUUUUCUUGUCUUCCCUGGCCCAGCCAUCCCCUCCCCCUGAUCCGAGUGCUCCCUGGGGGAGCCCUACUCCCCUUGCUAAGUGUUGUCCUUAAAGAAACGUGGCUGCUAAGCAGAAGCCAGCCUGGGCCUGACCCCAGACUUGGCUUUCCCUUGUAGCCUCAGAUGGCUUGUGGGCUCCACCAAAGAGGACCCCACUCUGCAGCCAGCCCAGAGCCACCUACCUCUGGCCCCAGGCUAUGGGCAGCAAGAGGAAUGCGUGUGCACUUGGCAAGCCUUCUGCCCACCCUGUCUACAUCUAAUAAGUGCAAUCAUUACGUCUAUGUUGUCUAGAGGGAGGGGUUUUUGUUUUCUGGUUUUGUUUCUUUCUCCUGUGUUAGAGCAACCCUAUUUAUAGCUGCCCGCAACAGAAGAGUAUAUGUUUGGAGUGAAGAGAAAGGUUUUGAAUCUCAUGAACUUUGAGUGCUGGAGCAUCUGAUCUGUCUUUUCUCCUCACCCAGGGGCCAUCCACACCUCCUGAGCUCUCGGUGUGGGUAACCCAGGGCUGUAACUCCGAGGCACCUGAUGUGUAGGACAGUAAUUCUGGGGACUUUGUGGAGCAGGAAGGAGAGGGACCUGUGUUUGCUAAACCAAUCCUGCUAUCCCCAUGCCUCUCCGUGAUUCAGUAUGGACCUCAUGAUUGUAGAAGCCGAUGGAACUGGUCAGUGAUUCUCUACCCCAAGAGGGAAACCUCCAUCUUUUCCCUGCCUUCCUCCCGUUUUCCCUUGGUGUGCACAUGGAAGAGGACCAGGACAAGCCCCCUGGGGAUGGGCUGGCCAAGGGCCCUGAGGCCAGAGACAAGGCUGAGGAAGCCAAGAAUAGGACAGGUAUCCAGGCAUGAAGUUGUUUGCCUGAACUUGGCCAUUCCCUCUCUGAGUUGACUUCAAGCCUAGUUGCCUCAAUUACUGCUUUUCAAGAGGAAGAAGAAGUAAGUCCGUGCGUAAGCCUCAAUCCACUGCUGCCUGUAAAAUUAUUUUCCAUUUGUUCCUUCUCAUUCCCCCAAAGCUGUGGUCCUAUUCAAUCAAAGGCUACCAAUUGACUCAUAGUGUUUGUUUCCAAGUGACUGUUCUAGGCUACUGCUCCCCCAGGAGACUCCACACUAAGUACAGAAGCCUGACCUCCGCCCCCUUUCCCCAAUCAGUAGCAUUACUAUCCAAACAGCCUUAAGGAGUACGUAGCCAAUGUCACAGCUAUAUCCCCUCACAUCCACUAGCAACACCAUGGCUCUUAGGGGUGGAGUGUCUGUCUCCCUUCGUGUCUCUGGAUCAAAGACAGUGUCACUAUAAAGAUCCAGAAUGGCUGCCUCCAAGCAGGGAAAUGGUCAGUUCAUCCAUACUUCCUGGGAUAGGCCAUAAACACUGAUUUUUUAUUAACUUUGACCAUCCUCAUUCUCUGCCAGAAGCUAGGGUAACGUUCUGAUUCCUCUCUUCCUACCAUUUGCAUCUCUCUUAGAAAGCCAGCCGGAGUGCUUCCCAAAUUACGCCUUCAGGGUCUGGCUUCUCACACUCUUCCUUUCCUGUCACCCCCUACGUAUACAAACACACGUCCUCCAAUCGUCUAUUCCAUGGUUUCUGGGACCUGCAAAUGAUUUCCAGUUUGGAAAGUACAGGCCACUAACUAGGCUUCUUAACUGAUGUCAAGGCAGAUCUUGGAGAGCAGGCGAAGACCUGCUAAAGUCCACCAAGUUUAAUUUAGGUUGUCCAGAUUGGGGGGUGGGGGAGGUGUAAGAACCCAGACAGCUGUCCACUGAACCUAUGGAGGAAGCCAGCCCUGAGGCAUCAAACUAACUGAAUGAGGAGUCAACACUCAGGGACUCUCCCAGUGGUUCUCAACCUUCCUCAUGCCACAGCCCUUUAAUACAGUUCCUCAUGUUGUGGUGACCCACAACCAUCAAAUUAUUUUCGUUGCUACUUCAUAACUGUAAUGUUGCUACUGUUAUGAAUCGUAAUGUAAAUAUCUGAUAUGCAGGAUGUAUUUUCAGGGGUCGCAACCCAGGCUGGGGAAGUGGAAAGAUGGUGUAAAUGGGAAUCCUUCAUGAAUCAGCCAGAGGCCGCGCAGCAGGAUGGGUGUUUACAGGGCCACAGUACUCAUGGUUGUAAGGCUUCAUUUCUCUUAGUACAAAACCUGCCCUGAUCUCAGUCUGGGAAUGGGAAGCCAUUUCUGCAGGGGCUCCGAGCAUCAAGUAAUGCGUAUCACAAAGGCACUUAGAGCCUCAGCAACAUGUAAUCCCUUUUACUUCUCUGCCUACCUCUUUCUGUAUUGGACCAGGCCCAUUCACUAAGCCUGAGGGAACUCAGUGAGAACAAAAUGAUCAGAGUCUGGCUGUGAGCUGCCACCUGCCCUAGGCCUACAGAUGCCCAGAGGCUGGCACUGAGCUAUGACUGCUCUGACUUCCCCAGGAUUGAUUGGUUUAGUUUGGUGGAGGCUCAUAUUUGUUGCUGAAAGUUCAGUAAUACAGUCCUGAUUUUUGGUACUAAUGAAACUUUAUAUAUUUGAGAAUGUUCUCCAUAUGCAUAUUUAAGGUGAUUCUGGAAUGGAUUAGGAGGUCAUAUCUCAAAAUGUCAGAAAACGUUUUGAAGCAUUCAAACUUUUGUAUUUGCUGCUUAACCUCAAUAUAAGAGGCUCAAACUAGGAGACAAAGGGAGACAAAGGAUAAGUGACCAUUGCCAGGAAAUAAUGUUAAUCUGCUUGGCUUCUGAAGCACAGUAAGAAAAAAGUGGAAGCAAAUAACACAAGGAUGUCUUUAAAUUCAACCUGUCUAAAUGGUAGCACAUCCUGUCCUUGGGCCAUUAUUUGGACUAGUAACCCUUUAAGAAAAUAUAUGAUUACAGGGAAUAGAAUCCCCAGUUCUGUUAUCAGCCUAUCUAGACAAGAGACUAUAGUAGUAUGGACAAACUGAAAACUUCAUUCAUUCAUGUGAGUUGAACUGAAGUUUCAGAAUAACCAUUCUCACAUAGGAGGUUUUCUUUUUUCCAUGCAGAAGAAAUCUCAAAAUAUUGUAUUUAUAUCUGCCUUCCACUGCUGCCGAUAUAACAAGUAUCUCCUACACAAUCAACAAUAAACAGUAAACGAUGCAGUUCAUAGAAUAUUUUGCACUUGGAGAAAAAAUGUAUCUGAACUUGUAAAAAGAAAUGUUUGGAUUUUGUAUUGUCCUUUUUUAUUAUUAUUAUUAUUAAAAUACUUAAUGAAA